AUGAGCGACACAACUGUUGACUUCUCUGCCAUUAUCCUCUGCAUUGACACAAGCAUCAAAGUCACCAAUAACAACAACAUUCUCUGUAUUAAAGCCACCCCUGCCGACAAUGCCAAGGAAAUCGCCGAGGCUGUCGUCAAAGCCUUGCGAGACUAUAGUGCAGCCAACAUGGGCCUGCCGAUGAUCGACGAAGAAGGUCGUCCCCGACCUGUCGAAGUCAAAGUCCAUGCUGGCGUGGCACUUGAGGGUAGCAACAAUUUCUUAGGCUGCAAGGAAACCCUCAACCAAUAUCUCGAGCAGAAGAUUGCUUGGCUACAGAGCCAACGUUGCCACGGCGCCUCGACCGAAAUUGCGACUGCCGAGCCUUGA